AAUUUCCUGUAUUACAAUUAUCUUCAAGUGGAUCACGUGAAACUAUUUUUCUUCUUGCUUUUUUCUUUGGUUUAUUUAUUUAUUUUUUUUGUUCUAUUCACAAUUUUAAAUGUGUCAUUUAUUGGACCUGUAAUUGUGAAAGUGAUUAAAAUAAAAGUUAAAACAUUAGGAAGAUUGGUUUAUUUUUCUUGGGAAAAACAUAUAUUUGUACAAAAAUGGAUAAAACUGAAAAAUUGAAACUAGUCAAGAAUACUAUCAAGAGUUAUGAUAAUUUUCCUACAUAUGGUGUUAAUUUUCGAGAUAUAUUCCCUGUAUUCCAAAAUACGUUAGCAUUAAAAGCUUUGAGAGAUCUACUAGUGGAACAUGUUUUGUUCCUUGAAAUUGAUUUGAUUGCAGGUUUGGAUUCCCGUGGAUUUUUACUUGGUCCAAUGGUAUGUAUAGAAAUUGAUAAACCUUUCAUACCAAUCAGAAAAAAAGGGAAACUUCCAGGAAAGGUUUUAAGUCAGGACUAUAGUUUGGAAUACGGAGAGUCAACAUUGGAAUUACAAAUGAGUAGCGUUAAAGAAGGUACCCGAGUGCUUAUAAUUGAUGAUUUAUUGGCAACUGGAGGCUCUAUAGGUGCUGCUAUAAAUUUAUUAACAGCUGCAAACGUAAAAGUAGUAGAAUGUUUAGUGGUAAUAGAGUUGGUGGAAUUAAAGGCACGAGAAAAAUUCAAUGUACCCAUUUACUCAAUUGUUCAAUUUUGAUGACAAAAUAAAAUUACACAGAUAUAUAAAAAUAUAUAUAAAA